AUGGAUCCACUCUUAGCAUUGCGAGAACUGCUCUGGGAGGCAGCAGUCAAUGUUCGCAUCAAAUAUGGCCGUCAUGAGUAUCUCGCCCGGUUCCAUCGCUCAGCCUAUUUGCCGCUCUACUACACGGAAAUCGCCCUGUUCUUCUCUGUGCUUUCUCUUUCUCCACAACUAGAAUCAAGCCCGAUUUGGCUUCAGGACGGAGACACCCCGCUCAAAUGGAACUUGCCCAUCGGUGUUCUCUAUGAUUUGCAUUGGCUACAUCGAAGAAAUGGAAUCGAACCCUGGACACUUACGUUGUGUGUUUCUGGGGAAGGCCAGUAUCCAAGAGACACAAUAAUUCCUUUUCCUUCUCCUGUAAUGGGUGAAGUGGUUAACUAUCGAGACACGGUUUUCCAAGUAAUAAUCAAUCUGCUCAAACAGUCAUGCUAUGUCCUACGAGGCAACUCGCGUGCCAUCUUGAGCAUGAGCGAGCACGACACCAAGGCAUUGUGGAAAGCAAUCCAAACACAUGAUUACGAUAUGUAUCUGACAACCAUGCGCGAAAACUUCGACAUUGAGACUGUCCGCAGGUUGCCUGUGAAGGUUUUUAGCGUUCCUUUGCGGUCCUAUACCCAAUUGUCUCUAUCUCCCAAAACAGAAAACGACGAGCCAACAAUUUUGGGAGAUACUCUUCAAGAAUUCAAUUCGGAUAAGUUAUACAUACAAGGAAUUGCAAUCGAUGAUAUGCUAUCUAUGGAGGUCCUCCAGGUGUGGCGCCAAUUCCGCCACUUGGACAAUUUUCUAUACAUUGUCGCAUUCUAA